AUGCGACGGAGAUGUCUCUACCACGCAGCAGCCUUACUGCCGCUUUUGUUCCUUGUCAUGAUGACGGUUGUUAUUUUAUUCGUUGUCGGUCUUCACGCGGUUUUAUUUGUAUUACAAAUUAAUAUAUAUAUUUUGUGGAGAGGGAGGGAGAGAGAUUUGUAUCAUCAAGUGUUUGGCCUGAACGACGGCCAUAUUUCGCUGUGCCAUUUGUUUUCCUUUCUGUCUCUCUCUCUCUCUCCCCAACGAGGAAUGGACUCUUCGUCAUUCAUCUCAGCUGCUCUUUUACGCCUCUGCUACUUUUCCAUGUUUUGCCCUCUGACUUCAAAUUUCCCUCUCCCUUUUUUUUCUCGGUGUGGCCUUCGUGUUUGUUUCUGUUUUUUUUCUUCUUUUGUUUCUCUCUCUCUCUCUCCUGUUCAGCGACGCACUGAUCUGUUUAUUUCUAUUAUUUCUAUUACUGUUAUUAUUCCUAUCUCGCGUGAUAUCGCUUCCUUUUCCUCGCCUUUUCAUCUUUCCGAAAUGCCGACGAGACGGCGCGCCUCUUUCUUGUCUUUAUGA